CAAACAGGGAAGUUCAACUUGUAAUGUGAAGUGCAUGGUCAGAUAUUUGAAUCACACACUUACAGGUGAAGAUGUUCCGCAGACUGCUGGGGAAGACUUUAGGAUUUCUGGGCUACACGGUCCAGUAUGGCUGCAUUGCACAUUGUGCCUUUGAAUACAUUGGAGAAUUUGUGGUGUGCUCUGGUCCAUCAAUGGAGCCUACAAUUGUCAGCCAUGACAUUGUCUUUUCUGAGCGGAUGAGUCGUCACCUUUGCAAAAUACAAACGGGAGAUAUAGUCAUUGCGAAGAGUCCAUAUGACCCAAAUAUGAACAUUUGUAAAAGGGUAAUUGGUUUGGAGGGAGAUAAAGUCUGCACAAGUUCUCCAUCAGAUUUUUUCAAGACCCACUCAUAUGUUCCAAAAGGCCAUGUAUGGUUGGAAGGGGAUAAUCUUAGGAAUUCCACUGACUCACGGAACUAUGGCCCAAUUCCCUAUGCCCUCAUCAGAGGCCGUGUUUGCUUAAAGCUCUGGCCACCACAUAGUUUUGGGACCCUCAAUGAAAGCCCCAGCAGACGGAUUACUAAAAGUCAGAAAGACUCGGACUGACUCAUACACAUCGUUUAUACUUCUCUCACACAAAGAGUCGUUCUGCUGCACAUUCACAUACUGCGCUGCAGAAGCUCAGCUGGUCAUUCUCCGAGGCAGAGAGGGACUCUUCUCAGUCGAGCUCCCCAAGGGGAAGUGAGUUCCAGGCAGCCGUGGGUCCCUGUCCAGCUGCUUCCUCUGUCUGGAAGGGGCCAGAGGGUCAGAGACAAGGCUCCCUGUGACACUGGAUUAUCUGCCUGAGUGUGAUUGUGCCUGCUGGGGAGGAGGAACUCUCAAGAUUGUGUGUGUUUGUUUUUUUCCUUCAAGCACAUCUUUGUUUCUCAAGGUUUAAUAUUCAUCUGUUGUGUGUCAACACUCUGCCAGUGUUCGGCUGGAAAUGCUGACAUGUCCUUUCCGUGCCUCUUUUAAGAUUCUGCCACAUAGAGGGCAGCACUGGUUGCUAUACUGUAUCUCCCACCCUGGUGGUUGGACGACUUUACUGGUCAUUUAAAUGUACUCCUUCCUACCAUU